AUGGCAGAGGCAGCCGGUCUUGUUGUUGGUGUCGUCGCCCUUGCUGGCCUCUUCAACAACACAGUCGAGUGCUUCGAGUUCGUCCAGCUCGGCCGCACAUUUGGAAAAGACUUCCAGACAAGUCAGCUCAAGCUCGACAGCACAAGACUCCGCCUGUCACGGUGGGGCAAGUCUCUGAGUCUGGACAAUGAUGUCCGAGAUGCGGUAUCGCUUCAUGGGCGUUUUGGGUCCGAGGCAAACGUAAAGCACGCCGAAGCCUUGCUGGGCCAGAUCGUAGAACUGUUUGCGGAAGCUGAAGGCGUGUCGAAUAGAUACAGGGGCCGGACAGAGCCUCAGGACGGCAGCCUUGCCGUAUACGAUCCGCAAACCGACCUGGAUCCGGCGAUGGCGAAGCUCCACGAGAAAAUGCGCCAGCUAGCCAUCGAGCGCCAGAACCGGUCUGGCGUACGGCAAAAGGCCAAGUGGGCAUUGUAUCAAGAGAAGCAGUUUAGACGACUGAUUGAGGACAUCACCGAGUUGGUCAACGACUUGGACAACCUUUUCCCCGCCACUCAGCAGUCCCAGCGUGAGCUCUGCGACAUCGAAGUCUCUACCAUGGGAGAAGGUCAAGACAUCUCUGUGUUGAGAGAAAUUGCCGCCGCCCAGGACAAGUUGUUAGAGCAGGCUAUCACGAAGGCUGCGGAGAGUGCUGGCAAGUCGCACCACAUCGUCUUUUCGGGCAGUGGAAACACGGGCCUUCAGCUGGGCCACAACUCUGGUACAAUGUCAGGGUUUACAUUUGGGAGAGGCAGCUGA